UCUUUUUAUGUUGCUGGUGAAAUCAGUUAAAAAUGAGCUCAUUCUGAUAUCUUGAUACGAAUACAUAAACCGUGUGGACUUAUAAUUUUCAUUCAGUUCCAAAAUCAUUAUGACCAAAUAACAAAAGCAAUUUUUAAGUUUUACUGUCUGUGGACGAUAUUACGGGGCAAUGAACAAUCAACAACCUAUGAUAGUUGGUUAUUAUCCCAACUGGAACUACAGACGUGAAGAUGCUUCAUUCGACACAAAUAACAUCGAUCCGAGAUUGUACACGCACUUAAUCUACGCGUAUGCCGCGUUGAACAAAAAGACCUUUUGUCUCAAGAGUACAAAUGAGUGGAUCGACAUAAAAGAUGAAGGAUACAAACAGUUUACCGACCUCAAGACUAGAAAUCCCCAGCUGAAGCUGAUGAUUUCUCUUGGCGAGUGGACAGAUUCUACCAAGAACAAAACCACAAAGUACUUCCAGCUUGUGUCCAGCCCCAGAAACAUCGACACGUUCGUCAAAUCGGCUCUGGAAUUCCUGGAGAAAUACAAUUUCGACGGAUUAGAUUUGCAUUGGAAAUAUCCAAACACAGAGGAAGACAGAACUGGAUUCACUAAUUUGAUCGUAGCUCUUCACAACGCUUUAAAGCCUUACGGUUACCUGUUAAGUGCUGCCGUUCCUCCAACAGCUUCCGCAAUCAACGCCGGUUACGAUGUUCCAGUCGUGAAUAAAAGGUUAGAUUUUAUCAACGUGAUGGCCUAUGACUUUCACGGACCUUGGGGCUCGGAAGUGAUCAAAGCUGACCAUCACUCUCCUCUCCGUCAGCGAUUACGAGAGACAAAUUCCGAAUUGAAUGUCGAUUGCGCCAUCAAUUAUUGGAUUCGCCAGGGUAUGUCGCCCGCCAAAAUCAUCAUGGGAAUACCUCUGUACGGAAGGAGUUGGAUACUUUCUUCCAACGUCACUACACCACCGGCUCCCGCUCACGGUCCUCUUCCUAAAGGAGAAGUUGCUCACGAGGACGGCACGAUGGCUUAUUACGAAAUUUGUGAUGCCAUUCACAAUAAGGGCUGGACGGUUUACAAGACGAGUCAAGCCAUGGGUCCUUAUGCCGUUUCUCCGGCCGCCAAUCGCAGGAUGUGGGUCGGGUACGACGAUCCGGCCAUGGCAAUCGCAAAAACUAAUUACGUAUUAUCGAAAGGAUUGGGUGGAGUCAUGCUAUGGGAUAUUAGUAUGGAUGACUUCCAGGGCAUAUCCGGUGCAGGGCCCAACCCCGUGACCAAUGCGAUUAUUCAAACUAUUUCGCAAUACAAUAGCAGUUCUACAAUGUUCCCUUUUGUUUGAAAUGACUAAUUUGUACUGACA